AUGGGUCUGGUGCAGCUGUGCGUCGUUGUGUUGGUGGCGGCGCUGGUGUGGGGGCGCCCGGAGGCUGUCGGCGGGCAGGUCACGGGCGGCGGGCUGGACACGGGCGGCGGGAAGGACACGGGCGGCGGGCAGGUCACGGGCGGCGGGCUGGUCACGGGCGGCGGGCUGGUCACGGGCGGCGGGCAGGACACGGGCGGCGGGCAGGACACGGGCGGCGGGCAGGUCACGGGCGGCGGGCAGGUCACGGGCGGCGCGAAGGACACGGGCGGCGAGAAGGACACGGGCAGCGGGAAGGACACGGGGGCCGGGAAGGACACGGGCAGCGGGAAGGACACGGGCAGCGGGAAGGACACGGGCGGCGGGCAGGUCACGGGCGGCGGGAAGGACACGGGGGCCGGGAAAGACACGGGGGCCGGGAAAGACACGGGGGCCGGGAAAGACAAAGACACGGGGGUCGGGAAAGACAAAGACACGGGGGUCGGGAAAGACAAAGACAAGGGGGUCGGGAAAGACAAAGACACGGGCGUCGGGAAAGACACGGGGGUCGGGAAAGACAAAGACACGGGCGUCGGGAAAGACACGGGGGUCGGGAAAGACAAGGGCGUCGGGAAAGACACGGGGAUCGGGAAAGACACGGAGGUCGGGAAAGACACGGGGGUCGGGAAAGACACGGGGGUCGGGAAAGACACGGGGGCCGGGAAAGACAAAGACAAGGGCGCCGGGAAAGACACGGGGGCCGGGAAAGACAAAGACACGGGGGCCGGGAAAGACAAAGACACGGGGGCCGGGAAAGACAAAGACACGGGGGCCGGGAAAGACAAAGACACGGGGGCCGGGAAAGACAAAGACAAGGGCGCCGUGAAAGACAAAGACAAGGGCGCCGGGAAAGACAAAGACAAGGGCGUCGGGAAAGACAAAGACAAGGGCGUCGUGAAAGACAAAGACACGGGGGUCGGGAAAGACACAGGUGCCGCGAAAGACAAAGACAUGGGGGUCGGGAAAGACAAAGACACGGACGCCGGGAAAGACACGGGCGUCGGGAAAGACAAAGACAAGGGCGCCGGGAAAGACAAGGGCGCCGGGAAAGACAAAGACACGGACGCCGGGAAAGACACGGGCGUCGGGAAAGACAAAGACAAGGGCGCCGGGAAAGACAAAGACACGGGCGCCGGGAAAGACAAGGGCGCCGGGAAAGACAAAGACACGGACGCCGGGAAAGACAAAGACACGGACGCCGAGAAAGACAAAGACACGGACGCCGGGAAAGACAAAGACAAGGGCGUCGGGAAAGACAAAGACACGGGGGUCGGGAAAGACACAGGUGCCGCGAAAGACAAAGACAUGGGGGUCGGGAAAGACAAAGACACGGGGGUCGGGAAAGACAAAGACACGGGGGUCGGGAAAGACAAAGACACGGGGGUCGGGAAAGACACAGGUGCCGCGAAAGACAAAGACAAGGGGGUCGGGAAAGACAAAGACACGGGGGUCGGGAAAGACAAAGACACGGGCGUCGGGAAAGACAAGGGCGUCGGGAAAGACAAGGGCGUCGGGAAAGACACGGGCGUCGGGAAAGACACGGGCGUCGGGAAAGACACGGGGGUCGGGAAAGACACGGGGGUCGGGAAAGACACGGGGGCCGGGAAAGACAAAGACACGGGCGUCGGGAAAGACACGGGCGUCGGGAAAGACACGGGCGUCGGGAAAGACACGGGGGUCGGGAAAGACAAAGACUCGGGCGUCGGGAAAGACACGGGCGUCGGGAAAGACACGGGCGUCGGGAAAGACACGGGGGUCGGGAAAGACACGGGGGUCGGGAAAGACACGGGGGCCGGGAAAGACAAAGACACGGGGGCCGGGAAAGACAAAGACACGGAGGCCGGGAAAGACAAAGACAAGGGCGCCGGGAAAGACAAAGACAAGGGCGCCGGGAAAGACAAAGACAAGGGCGCCGGGAAAGACAAAGACAAGGGCGUCGGGAAAGACAAAGACACGGGUGCCGGGAAAGACAAGGGCGCCGGGAAAGACAAAGACACGGACGCCGGGAAAGACACGGGCGUCGGGAAAGACAAAGACAAGGGCGCCGGGAAAGACAAAGACACGGGCCCCGGGAAAGACAAAGACAAGGGCGUCGGGAAAGACAAAGACACGAACGCCGGGAAAGACACGGGCGUCGGGAAAGACAAAGACACGGAGGCCGGGAAAGACAAGGGCGCCGGGAAAGACAAAGACAAGGGCGCCGGGAAAGACAAAGACAAGGGCGCCGGGAAAGACAAAGACAAGGGCGUCGGGAAAGACAAAGACACGGGGGUCGGGAAAGACAAAGACACGGGGGUCGGGAAAGACACAGGUGCCGCGAAAGACAAAGACACGGGCGCCGGGAAAGACAAAGACACGGGCGCCGGGAAAGACAAAGACACGGACGCCGGGAAAGACACGGGCGUCGGGAAAGACAAAGACAAGGGCGCCGGGAAAGACAAAGACACGGGCCCCGGGAAAGACAAAGACAAGGGCGUCGGGAAAGACAAAGACACGGACGCCGGGAAAGACACGGGCGUCGGGAAAGACAAAGACACGGAGGCCGGAAAAGACAAAGACAAGGGCGCCGGGAAAGACAAAGACAAGGGCGCCACGAAAGACAAAGACAAGGGCGUCGGGAAAGACAAAGACACGGGAGUCGGGAAAGACAAAGACACGGAGGUCGGGAAAGACACAGAUGCCGCGAAAGACAAAGACACGGGGGUCGGGAAAGACAAAGACACGGGGGUUGGGAAAGACACAGGUGCCGCGAAAGACAAAGACAUGGGGGUCGGGAAAGACACUGGGGUCGGGAAAGACAAAGACACGGGGGUCGGGAAAGACAAAGACACGGGGGUCGGGAAAGACAAAGACACGGGGGUCGGGAAAGACAAAGACACGGGGGUCGGGAAAGACAAAGACACGGGGGUCGGGAAAGACACAGAUGCCGCGAAAGACGAAGACACGGGGGUCGGGAAAGACAAAGACACGGGGGUCGGGAAAGACACAGAUGCCGCGAAAGACGAAGACACGGGGGUCGGGAAAGACAAAGACACGGGGGUCGGGAAAGACACAGAUGCCGCGAAAGACGAAGACACGGGGGUCGGGAAAGACAAAGACACGGGGGUCGGGAAAGACACAGAUGCCGCGAAAGACGAAGACACAGGUGCCGCGAAAGACAAAGACACGGGGGUAGGGAAAGACACUGGGGUCGGGAAAGACAAAGACACGGGGGUCGGGAAAGACAAAGACACGGGGGUCGGGAAAGACAAAGACACGGGGGUCGGGAAAGACAAAGGCACGGGGGUCGGGAAAGGCAAAUGGGACCGGAAAGCCAAAUGGGGCGGGAAAGACACGAGCGUCGGGAAACCCAAGUGGGACUGGGAAACCAAAUGGGGCAGGAGAGGCAAAUGGGGCGGGAAAGACACGGGCGUCGGGAAAGGCAAGUGGGACUGGGAAACCAAAUGGGGCAGGAGAGUCUUCCUUGACCUGCCUCUAGCCUUCCUUGACCUGCCUCUAGUCUUCCUUGACCUGCCUCUAGUCUUCCUUGACCUGCCUCUAGCCUUCCUUGACCUGCCUCUAGUCUUCCUUGACCUGCCUCUAGCCUUCCUUGACCUGCCUCUAGCCUUCCUUGACCUGCCUCUAGUCUUCCUUGACCUGCCUCUAGCCUUCCUUGACCUACCUCUAGCCAUCCUUGACCUGCCUCUAGCCUUCCUUGACCUGCCUCUAGUCUUCCUUGACCUGCCUCUAGCCUUCAUUGACCUGCCUCUAGCCUUCCUUGACCUGCCUCUAGCCUUCCUUGACCUACCUCUAGUCUUCCUUGACCUGCCUCUAGCCUUCCUUGACCUGCCUCUAGCCUUCCUUGACCUGCCUCUAGUCUUCCUUGACCUGCCUCUAGCCUUCCUUGACCUGCCUCUUGUCUUCCUUGUCCUGCCUCUAGUCUUCCUUGACCUGCCUCUAGCCUUCCUUGACCUGCCUCUAGUUUUCCUUGACCUGCCUCUAGUCUUCCUUGACCUGCCUCUAGCCUUCCUUGACCUGCCUCUAGCCUUCCUUGACCUGCCUCUAGCCUUCCUUGACCUGCCUCUAGCCUUCCUUGACCUGCCUCUAGUCUUCCUUGACCUGCCUCUAGCCUUCCUUGACCUGCCUCUAGUCUUCCUUGUCCUGCCUCUAUUCUUCCUUGACCCUCCCUGA